AUGGUGUUGCUGAGAGUGUUAAUUCUGCUCCUCUCCUGGGCAGCGGGGCUGGGAGGUCAGUAUGGAAAUCCUUUAAAUAAAUACAUUAGACAUUAUGAAGGAUUGUCUUAUGAUGUGGAUUCAUUACACCAAAAACACCAGCGUGCCAAAAGAGCAGUUUCACAUGAGGACCAGUUUUUACGUCUAAAUUUCCAUGCUCAUGGAAGACAUUUCAACCUACGAAUGAAGAGGGACACUUCCCUUUUCAGUGAUGAAUUUAGGGUGGAAACAUCAAAUAAAGUACUUGAUUAUGAUACCUCUCAUAUUUACACUGGACAUAUUUAUGGUGAAGAAGGAAGUUUUAGCCAUGGGUCUGUUAUUGAUGGAAGAUUUGAAGGAUUCAUUCAGACUCAUGGCGGCACAUUUUAUAUUGAGCCAGCAGAGAGAUAUAUUAAAGACCGAACUCUGCCAUUUCACUCUGUCAUUUAUCAUGAAGAUGAUAUUAACUAUCCCCAUAAAUAUGGUCCACAGGGGGGCUGUGCAGAUCAUUCAGUAUUUGAAAGGAUGAGGAAGUACCAGAUGACUGGUGUAGAAGAAGUAACACAGACACCUCAAGAAAAGCAUGCUAAUAAUGGUCCAGAACUUCUGAGGAAAAAACGUACAACUUCAGCUGAAAAAAAUACUUGUCAGCUUUAUAUUCAGACUGAUCAUCUGUUCUUUAAAUAUUAUGGAACACGAGAAGCUGUGAUUGCCCAGAUAUCCAGUCAUGUUAAAGCGAUUGAUACAAUUUACCAGACCACAGACUUCUCCGGAAUCCGUAACAUCAGUUUCAUGGUGAAACGCAUAAGAAUCAACACAACUGCUGAUGAGAAGGACCCUACAAAUCCCUUCCGUUUUCCAAAUAUUGGUGUGGAGAAGUUUCUGGAAUUGAAUUCCGAGCAGAAUCAUGAUGACUACUGUUUGGCCUAUGUCUUCACAGACCGAGAUUUUGAUGAUGGUGUCCUUGGUCUGGCAUGGGUUGGAGCACCUUCAGGAAGCUCUGGAGGAAUAUGUGAAAAAAGCAAGCUCUAUUCAGAUGGUAAGAAGAAAUCCUUAAACACUGGAAUUAUUACUGUUCAGAACUAUGGGUCCCAUGUACCCCCCAAAGUUUCUCACAUUACAUUUGCUCAUGAAGUUGGACAUAACUUUGGAUCUCCACAUGAUUCUGGAACAGAGUGUACUCCAGGAGAAUCUAAGAAUUUAGGACAAAAAGAAAAUGGCAAUUACAUCAUGUAUGCAAGAGCAACAUCUGGGGACAAACUUAACAACAAUAAAUUCUCACUCUGUAGUAUUAGAAAUAUAAGUCAAGUUCUUGAGAAGAAGAGAAACAACUGUUUUGUUGAAUCUGGCCAGCCUAUCUGUGGAAAUGGAAUGGUAGAGCAAGGUGAACAAUGUGAUUGUGGCUAUAGUGACCAGUGUAAAGAUGAGUGCUGCUAUGAUGCAAACCAGCCAGAGGGGAAAAAAUGCAGGCUGAAACCUGAAAAGGAGUGCAGUCCAAGUCAAGGUCCCUGUUGCACAGCACAGUGUAAAUUCAAAUCCAAAACUGAGAAGUGUCGGGAUGAUUCAGACUGUGCAAAAGAAGGAAUAUGUAAUGGCAUCACAGCUCUCUGCCCAGCAUCUGAUCCUAAACCAAACUUUACAGACUGUAAUAGGCAUACGCAAGUAUGCAUUAAUGGGCAAUGUGCAGGUUCUAUCUGUGAGAAAUACGGCUUGGAGGAGUGUACCUGUGCCAGUUCUGAUGGCAAAGAUGAUAAGGAAUUAUGCCAUGUCUGCUGUAUGAAGAAGAUGGAGCCAUUAACUUGUGCCAGUACAGGGUCUGAGAAGUGGAAGAAGCACUUCCUUGGUCGAACCAUCACCCUGCAACCUGGAUCCCCAUGCAAUGAUUUCAGAGGCUACUGUGAUGUUUUCAUGCGGUGCAGAUUAGUAGAUGCUGACGGUCCUCUAGCUAGGCUUAAAAAAGCAAUUUUCAGUCCAGAGCUCUAUGAAAACAUAGCUGAAUGGAUCGUGGCUUAUUGGUGGGCAGUAUUACUUAUGGGAAUUGCCCUGAUCAUGUUAAUGGCUGGUUUUAUCAAGAUAUGCAGUGUUCACACUCCAAGUAGUAAUCCAAAGUUGCCUCCUCCCAAACCUCUUCCAGGCACUUUAAAGAGGAGGAGACCCCCCCAGACCAUUCAGCCACCCCAGCGCCAGAGGCCCCGGGAAAGUUAUCAAAUGGGACACAUGAGACGUUAA